UCGCUCCCGCCGGGCACGGCGAGCGGCGCCAUGGCGGUGCGCGGGGUGCCGUGCCUGGCCUGGUGCCUCCGCCGGGUCGGGGCCAGCUGCGACUGGCUCCUGCUGGAGGCCGGCACGCAGGUGACUAUAGGCCGGGGAUUAGAUAUCACAUACCAGCUGGUGUCAAAAACCUGUCCCUUGAUGAUCUCUCGUAAGCACUGUGUCUUCCAGCAGAAUGCAGAAGGGCAGUGGACUGUCAAGGAUAACAAGAGCCUAAAUGGAGUCUGGCUUAACAAACAGCGCCUGGAUCCAUCAAAAGUCUAUCCUAUUGCUGAAGGAGACCGUAUCCAGUUGGGAGUGCCUUUGGAAAACAGAGAGACUGCUGAAUACGAGUAUGAAGUAAUUAAAGAUGAAUGGGAGAAAAUUAGACCCUUUUUAGCCCAAAGAAGUGACCUGGGGAAAGCUAAGAGUUCAAGAACUAAACGUAAGUUUAGUUUGGAGGAGUUGGAGACAUCUGGAUCAGAAGGCCCUUCAAACUCCAAAUGCAAAAGAGACAGAAUGUCCUGUGACAGUGAACCUUUAGAUGAAUCAUGGGGACAGGCAGGAGUGGCCAAACGGCUGACAGAGAAGUUGGAUGUCAAGCUGCCUUCUCCUGGACCCAGUCAGGGGGAUAGUGGUCUAGUGCAUGGUAACCCUGUUCACACCAAGAAAGCUGUGACUGUCCCCCAGAAGGACCAGAAAGGCUCCGGUCUUGCAGAGUCAUGGACUGGCUUGAAAAUGCUGAGGAAAUCGCUAGUAGAUACCAUGAAAUUAAAGGUCAAAGUGCAGGAGAAGCAGACUGCAGUUCUAAACGUGAAGCAGAAGCACAGGAAGUGUGAUCAGAAGGAGAUCCUGGUAAUGGAACAGGAGCUGCAGGAGUUGCAGAACCAGCUCUGCAUGGAACAAGAGCAUCAGCAGCAGCAGGUGGAAGAGCUGGAGAGGACAUUCUGUAAGGAGCAGCAGAUGCUAGAGGGAGAAAAGUGUCAACAAGGGGAAGAGAAUCUGAAGGAGCAGCUGGCCCAGGUCCUGCAAGAGCAUCGUGCUUUGAUGGAAGAACUGAAUCGUAAUAAAAAAGAUUUUGAGGAGAUAAUUCGAGCCAAGAAUAAAGAACUGGAAGAAACCAAGGAGGAGAAGGAAAAGGUGAGAGCCCAAAAAGAAGAGGUGUUGAAUCAGAUGAAUGAUGUGUUGGAGAAUGAGUUGCAGUGCACAAUCUGUUCUGAGCACUUCAUUGAGGCGGUCACUCUGAACUGCGCACACAGCUUCUGCUCCCACUGUAUCAAUGAGUGGAUGAAACGUAAAGUGGAGUGCCCAAUCUGCAGGCAGGAGAUCCAGUCAAAGACACGCUCUCUGGUGCUGGAUAACUGCAUUAACAGGAUGGUAGAAAAACUGGAUAUGGAAAUGAAACAGCAUCGCCUGAGCCUUAUCAGAGAGCGGAAAGGUGAGAGAGAAACAGAAUGUGGUGGUGAAACCAGCCACGGACAAUGACAGCAGUGUCCCUUCUUCCACCUACUCCAUCUUGGCAAUGAGCAGUUGCGACAGUGAGGACUCUGUGGGGGAUUCUUCCCAUAGUGAAAGCUACUAUGUAACCUGAACGUUGUUACAGCAGACUCAUUGUCCCUGUGCUGCCUAGAACCAACCUAAUGCUAUUUGGUUGACUGCUGCUGGAGGAAUGGACUGGGCACCUGGAAGGACCUAUGAAGAGGUUGGAGCUGUAAACUAGGAGCAUGUGGAAGAAGGAUCUUGUUUUCCAAGUGAAUGCACAGAAGCUUGAUCUCUAAAACAAAAUUUGGUUUGUGAGAGAACAGACUGCCGUUAUGCUGGCUAAUUGACAUACAAACCCUAAACUUCCACGUUAGCUUGUGACCCGCUUGGUGUAAUGAAAUAGUUUGUAUUGCAUCAUUGCUCUUUCCUUAGUGAAUUACAUGUUUGCAUCAGCAUCCCUUAUUUCAGGCAGCAGAGGGAAUGUCCCAAGCCUUUUGAGAACUUGGCCUUCCCCACCGGCAGGCAGGAGAUAGGUAUAUCAGGAAAAUGUGCCAGUGUGGGUUUUUCUCUUGAAUUUCAUUUGGCAACUAGAGUCAUCUCAGGCCUUUGACAUUAAAGGUGAUAAAGGGUGGGAUAUGGACACUGUUGGCUGCAAGUGCAUUGUAAGCUAGCUGCUGGUCAUUGGCUUGCUCUGUUUAUGUAGUCCAUUUUCCGUUAGAUGGGGGUAGAGAAGAUUAAAUCUUCCAGAAGUCUUUAGCUAGUGUUCUUUUGAUGUAGUGUCUUUGGUUUGUUCCCUCUUCAGGCUUUUGCAUAAAGGGUUUUAAAACUGGGAAGCAGCACCUCCAGAAAUUUUUAGCAAUGACUUUAAAAACAUAUAAUCAGCAGCAGGAGAGGAAUCUCUGCCUCUUCAGGUGUGCGACUCUCCAAAUUAUUGAAAUGUCAUGUUGGCAGGGUAGGAAAGCAGCAUCUGUAGACAACCACAGGUACAGAACAAAGCACUUUGUUUUAUUGUUUACAAGACAUAAGUGUUGAGUGUGGAUUGUACUACCCUCAUGACAGAUCACUCAUUCAUAAAAGACUGAUCAAGUCUUGACUCAUUCUAUCAUGCAUUUGUCUAUUGAGAUCCAUUUUCUAGUAACUUACGCUUUUGACUUAGCUGUUACAUGGAAAGGACUUACACUGUGAGAAUGGGAUGGGGAAACCCUCCUCAUCUGUAAUAUUUCUUUGGCUCUUUGUAUAUAUAUUUUCAUUUAUAUGUUUAUUUUGUUUGAGAAUGAAAAUAUAAAUCCAUUUCUGCUUUA